AUGAUCCGACCAAGAAUACCGCUUGUUCUUGUUGCCGUUAUUGCCACUGCUGCACAAGCCAUCGACUGGACAUUUUGGAAUGAUGACAGGGACUCGACCACUGAGCCCGCUGCCGUCACGGAUACUGAGAUAUUGUCGCCUGAAGCUCUCACGAGUAUGAUGGGGUCCGACUACAUGGACCGCGUCAAGUCGUUGGUUCUAUCGGGAGACUUGUCAGCUGAAACUGACAAACCGCCUACCGCAAAGCCUCCUUUGUCCUCGUCGUCAUCUUUGAUGGCUGAGACUGUCAGGGCCACGCCACUUACAAAAUCGCCGUCUCGAAUGCCUGCUGAAUAUGAUAUUGCCACACCUUCGACAGUCGCGAGCAACUUUAAACCCAAAUUCCGUAACUGGGUAGGACCUUGGAGUCAAGCCGCGAGCUCGGCAUGUUACCGUGAAGCUCACAUCAUGAAUGUCUGUCCGAGUAACUACGACCGCAACGACUUCACGAAUACCUGUUGGACGGAAUGCCCGAUGGAUUAUCCUGUCGAGUGUGGCAUGCAGUGUGUUCCACAGAACAAUGACUGUUUUCGUGAGGACAUUGCCAAGAUUUCCGCUGUAGCCAUGUCUACCUUGAGUAUGGCAACGUUCGGUGUGUUUGGAGAGUUGGCAAAACUGGGAAAGAAAGUGGGAUGGGCUGUCAGGUGUGCCAACAUGCUGAUGACGGCAACGAGAGCGAUUGUUCGUUUUACGCGCAACCAAAUGUUAUUGGACCCGCAAACAUCGCAAGAGAAACUUCUUCUGCUGCUGUACCAGACAAAUUGGGUCGUUGCCGAUCUGCCAGCUACGAUCUACGCGUGCAGGGGCAAGACGAUACCGCCAAGCCUUCAGAUGGCACGCGGUCUGAUGCCCACUGUUCAAUACAUUCUUCUCUUGGUACUUGCGUUUGAUGAUGACAUCAUUUCGGGCUGGGAACAUUUCAAAGCGUUCAUGAACAAAGCUAACUUUACGGAAGCUGCUUCUAAAAUCACAGAAGGUGAGAUCUCGAGCCUAGAAACGGCUAUGAAGCAGAACUCGACUUGCAGUGAUGACUUGAGGUCAGCGACGAAUCUUGUCUGGAUGACGAUAAGUGAGUACAGAGAGAAGAGCCCUGGCAUCAGUGAGGCCGAAAUCCGCCUCAAAAUAAGCCAGUCAGACCUUAUGUUGUACGACAUCCCUAUGGUGACCAACAAUUGCAUGAGUCAAAUGAUCGCCGAGUCUACAGAGGCUACCGCGUAUAAGACGCGCGAAAUACUUCGUAAGACGUUUGGGGUUAUUGUGAACGACCUCAUCAAGCAUGGCACGAGUGACAAUGGAACGUCCUUGGCUAUGAAGAGCAGCGCUUAUUUGUGGGCAGACACAGCUCUUAACCUUGCUUCGGUCACCGGUCUGGAGCCCACAGAUCUGUCGACUCUGUUUGCCGAAUUCCUCCAGACAAUCUGUGGCCCGACACAGUUCAUGGGCGAAAUUGACGAUGGCACUGACGCCGCCACCUUGGGCUUGAACGCGCUCAAGAAAGCUUUCAAGAAUAGUACGAUUUCUUGGACCAGAAAAGGCGAUGGUGUGGUCAUUGUCAACUUGACGAGCAAGGACACCGAAGAUGUUACGGUGAACAUCAUGUCUGGUGGUGACAAAGUCGACGAGGUGGAUGUGAAAGCUGGAGGCACUGCUCAGUGGAAGUCAACUGUUAAAGCGCUUGGUGGAAAGACGUUGUAUAUGGACCGGUGGCGUCCAUCUUUCUUGGGCAUUCCUAGUAGAGGAAGUGGCUCAUUGGUGCUGUGGGUGCCCAUUGCACGUGACGGGGGUCACCUGGAGAUUGAGGCCCAACUGAACGUUAGUUAG